AUGGCUAUCAUGGAAAAAGUGGAAACCCAUCGUUCUCGCCUCAGGUAUUUCUACGUCACAAUGCUACGCGAGCCGAUGUUACGAUUCAUCAGCGAGUACCGACAUGUCCAGCGCGGCGCUAACUGGCCACAGCAGCACAUGUGCAAUGGCCGCAUGCCGACGGCGGAAGAGAUACUGUCAUGUCACGACACGGACGGGUGGGAGAACGUCACGCUCGACGCAUUCCUUGCCUGCGAGUCGAACAACGCGUUCAACCGGCAGACGCGCAUGCUCGCCGACCUGCCAUUGAGCGGCUGCUACGAACGCGGCGCGAUGACGGCGACCGAGCGCUAUCGCGUGAUGCUAGCGAGCGCCAAGCGCAACCUCGACAACCUGGCGUUCUUCGGACUCGCCGAGCAGCAGGAGCUGACGCAGUUCCUCUUCGAGCAGACGUUCAAGCUGCGUUUCACGGUCGCGUUCGCACAGACCAAUGGAUCGAGUUGGCGCAUGGGCGUGACGCAGGCGCAGAGCGAUCGGGUGCGCGCGGGAAACGCGCUUGACACCGAGCUGUAUCGGCACGCUGAGAGCGUGUUCGCAGAGCGCGUCGCCGCCACGAAAGCGCGCUUCCCCGCCGCGUACGAACGCUUCAUGAAGAAAGUCAACGCCUCAGAUGCGAGUCGGAGAGGGAGCCGCGCGAAGGCAAGCUAUACUGAGCCGCGCGAAGGCAAGCUAUACUGA